UCGGCGCCUGCGCCGCCACACGCUCCGAGGUCUGUGCCCUCCUCCCCGACAACUUGCACGCGUCAUUGCGCUCGCGCACAUUCCCUCGCAGCAACAAGAGUUUCAAACGAAUAAUCACAAAUAACGAACGAAGAGUUCGAUCGCGACCUGCCAGGUCCUCGUGGUGACUCCGAGCGAGACAAGUUUUAAUGUGACACCUUACGGUACGCAGCCGCCUGCGACCGAACUUUUAUCAAUACAGCCUUUUACAAGCUCUCAACUCUCCGCGAGUUCAAUGUGAUUUGUGAAAUGUUGCGAAUUAUGGAAAUUUCAUGUUUUCAUAUCGACGUGGUGAUUUUUUAUCGUGCCUGAGGCGUAAAGUGGAAGUUUGUGAAUUAUUGAAGGAGGAACACUUUUUCUGGAGUUAACGUGCGAGGUGCCGGGAAUAACAUCAAAGAUAAACCACACGGACACGCUGAAUAAGAGGACAAAAUGCGGCUGCUUCUACUUCUCUUCACUAUCCCCUACAUCGUGGGUCAACAACAAUGGGUUCCAUGUUCAGAACUGAACGAUGACCUUCGAUAUCCUUGUCGGUGCAAAGUGCAGGUGGACCGAGCCCUGCAGCUAAGGAUCUUGAUGAACUGUGACAGGGUUGUGUUCCCUGGAGACUUUCCCAGCCUGCCGUAUGGCGCUCCUAUCAUCUCGUUCAGUCAGAGGUUCGCUGGACAGCAGACUUUGCCGACUCAGAUCUUCUCAUCCUACGGUCUUCCACUAAAAGAGCUGGACUUCUCACACAACAGCCUACGAAGGUUACCAGACAGAUUACUGGCUGGAGUUCGAGGAAACAUCACGAAGCUGGCCUUAGCUGAUAACUUGCUUGGAGACAACCUGAACCCCAUCUUUUCAACUGCAGAACUUCAUAAUCUACCAGCUUUGGAAGAACUGGACCUUAGUGGUAACAGUAUACGAGGACUUGAAGAAGGUCUUUUGAUUGGAUGUGAUGUUCUGAAGGUCUUACGACUGGACCGCAAUAACAUGAACCAUGUGCCCUCGUCCUCCCUGAAUGGACCACAAGCCUUGAAAGUUCUCUCCCUCAGAGAAAACAGAAUAGCACUAAUACGACAAGGGUCCUUCGUGUCACAAAAGACGUUUGAAGAAAUUGACCUCCACGCAAACAUGAUAUCGACAAUCGAAGGUGGCGCUUUUAUCGGCCUCGGAGAUUUACAGGCUCUUGAUCUCGGUCGGAACAGACUCUCCAAGUUUAACAGCGAUGUAUUCCAAGGAGCCGAGAAUUUGGAAAAGUUAGACCUCUCAGAAAACUUUAUAACUGACUUCCCAACAGUGGCGAUGAAAUCAUUCGUCGCUUUGAAACACUUGAACCUCUCCAGCAACAUGAUCACGAAUAUAGACAACAGCCAUUUGAGUACUUUGGUGUCCCUACAAGUAUUGGACCUGAGCAGGAACAAUUUGGUGAAACUGGCACCUGGUACCUUUGUCGGACUCACUCAGCUGCGCUAUUUGGAUGUUGGGGUCAAUGCACUGCGUACUGUGGAAGAUGAUGCCUUUGACGGUUUAACAAGUCUUGAAACGCUGCUUCUACGAGACAACAACAUCUUACUCAUUCCUGCGACAGCUCUUUCCCGCCUACCAAGCCUCGUGUCAGUACAUCUGGGCUACAACAGAGUCACUGCACUAUCAAGUGACAUCCUCAAAUCGGUAUCCGACAGAGUUACAUCUCUAGUACUAUCAAGAAACGUCAUUAGAGAACUACCACCUGGAGCAUUCGACCAUUUCAAAACUUUGCACCAUUUAGAUCUGUCGGGAAAUCUACUGAACUCAAUCAGCGCUGAAGUGUUUAGUGGAUUAGAACAAUCUCUACAAUUCCUCUCGCUAAGUCAAAACAGGAUACUAGAGUUUGUCGGCGAACCGUUAAAGUUUGUCAGUGUUUGGUUCUUAGACAUUUCAGAUAAUCAAAUAUCCGAAAUACCAGUCGAUGCAUUCGAAUUCAUUCCAAGCCUAACUCAUCUCAAUCUUAGUCGCAAUUCGCAUAUGAAUGUACUGCAUCAAAAUGUGUUCCAAAAUAACCCAGCAUUAAUGAGCAUUGAUUUAAGCAACGUUGGCUUGAAAGCACUUCCAGUCAAUCUGUUUUCCAAGAAUUUCAAUCUGCGGCGGAUAUAUUUGUCAAACAACCUCUUAACAGAAGUUUCAGAGAAUACAUUUAAAAACCUUAGAAACUUAACUCACUUAGACUUGUCUUAUAAUAAUAUCGUGAAUAUUAGAACGCCAGCUUUUGUGAACGUGAUGUCUAUACAGUACUUAUCUCUGAAGGGCAACCAGCUGAACGCCUUUAAGGGGGAGUUCUUCAACACCGGAACGAGUCUCGAAGUUAUAGAUCUCUCUGACAACCAACUCAGUUACUUGUUCCCGUCCUCGUUCAAAAUCCACCCACGCUUGAGAGAAAUCAUACUUACUAACAAUAAGUUCAACUUCUUCCCGUCAGAACUUAUAAGUACUUUACAAUAUCUUGAAUUAGUGGAUUUAUCUGGUAAUGCUCUUAAGAACGUAGACGAGCUCGAUUUUGCCAGACUUCCGAAAUUAAGGACUAUCUUAUUAGGUAGAAACGAACUUGAGUCAAUAAGCGAAAUGGCUUUUCAUAAUUCAACACAAAUCCAGUAUUUGGAUUUGUCAAAUAAUAAAAUCGAUCGGUUGGGAGAUAGACUGUUCGAAGGACUCAUUCGAUUAGAAGUACUGAAUUUAGGCGGCAACCUACUUACUGAAUUACCGGACAAUAUUUUCGAGCGAUCGAGACUCCACAUGCUUGAAAAUAUUGAUUUGAGCAGAAACUUAUUUGAGCAUCCUCCGCUGAGAGCUUUACAAAAGCAAUACUUUUUCGUAUCGUCGGUAGAUUUGUCACGUAAUCAAAUAAUCGAUAUACCGGCUGAAGACAGUGUCAUGGUUAAUAUCAAGAAAUUGGACUUGUCCUUCAAUCCUUUGUCUGAGAAAACAAUUAACAACGUUUUGACUGAACCAAAAACAGUGCGUGACCUAAAUUUGGCAGGUACUGGUAUCAAAGAAUUCGGACAACUUGAGACACCAUUUUUACACAAGUUGAACUUAUCUUACAACAACAUUACCAAGUUAUCAGAAAAAACUUUCACUCGAACAACAUUAUUAGAAUCACUGGACCUCUCGCAAAAUCAAAUUACUGACGUCACCGGGUCACUAGCGCUUUCGUGGCCCAAACUUAAAAAUCUUUUGCGACUUAAUAUUUCUGGGAACCCAAUGGUAAUGAUCAUGGAUGGAAACUUUGAAAAUCUUUCUUCGCUACAAGUUUUAGAUAUUGGAAAUUUGGAAAAAUGUACUAGAAUUGAGAAAAAUGCUUUUAGAUCGUUACCUAAUUUGGUGGAGCUGAGAGCUUAUGGAUAUCCUAGGUUAGGAUACUUUGAUGUUCAAGGCGCUUUGCAGUAUCUAUUGGCUUUAGAAAAAUUGGAUGUUGAAGUGAAAGACACGACUAUUGGUGCCGAUCAGUUACACUCUAUAUUACACCCACGAUUGGAAGAGUUAGGUAUCAGAGGCUCGAGACUCAAAACGGUGUCUUCCGGCGUAUUAGCAGGUUUAAAAGCACCAGCAAUCACUGUAAAGUUUAGGAACACUUCUAUUACAAGUUUGCCACCCGCAUUGCUCUUCCCGUUGCCUAGAUCUUCGCAAAUAACUAUUGAUGUAGCUGGAAGCCAAUUGACAACUUUACAACCGCAGCUUUUAGUGUCUUUAGACGAUCGUCGGGCGGAUCUCUCAAUGUUUGGCUUAGAUACUAAUCCGAUUCGUUGCGAUUGUAAUGCUCGAGCGCUUAGGAGAUGGUUGCCAAAUGUCGGAGUUAACGAUGUUCGAUGCGAAUCUCCCGACCAUUUGUCAGGAUUUUUGUUGGUAGAGAUAGGAGACGACGAAUUAACUUGUGAAACACGACGCAGAACAACACCCACUUCUAGUAGUAUCUCUACAACACCUACUCCACGUUUAGUGCGUACUUCUUCAGAGCCGGACAUCAUUUGGUCAGUGGCACCAUCUCAUGACCGUCCCAAAGUAACCGGAGAGCCAAAAGGAGCUCCAGUCGUUGGAGUGGCGACGACAAAUAAUGAUGAUAAUUUAAUUAUUGGAAUUGUCGGCGGUGUGGUUGCAUUUAUAGCAAUAUUGAUUGUGGCUAUUUGUAUUGUUCGAUUGAGGAUGACAUCUACUUCAUAUCGGGGUGGUCCUUUGGCCAGCAGUCCGACUGCUGGAGGUCCACCAAUGUGGGGUCCACCAUGGCCAGGCUAUGCUGGCACGCUGCCACCGCCAUCAUUGUCCAAUGCCACUCUACCACACAAGGUGCAGUCGGGGCCAGGAUCAGUAAGGUACUUGGCACCACCCCCACCCGCGCCAUACUUCAUUAGCUUGCCCCCUCACGACGACAAAAUAUAUCGGUAAAACAUAAUCCAGUUAUAGGUUAAGGUAAAAGUAUAAUGUUGUACAUAUUAGAUUUUCUGCGAAAUAUUAUUUUAUGUCUCUUAAGCGAAAUAAAAUUGCGCCUCGAACUUGUGCAAAGCUCAUAAUAUCGUUGUAGAUAUAACUGUUCCCUCUGAGUAAGUAAACUAAUUUGAAAUGUAAUAGAAUUGUAAUAAUUUCUAUCGUAACAUGGCUUGGACUAGGUUCAAAUGCUAGUCAUCACUGACAGACUUUAACGUAGCUUAAUUUGAAUAAUUUAAUAAGAAUAAUAAACGGGUGUGUGCUUGAAUGAAAUAGGGCAAAAUUAUAUUUCUGUAAAAUAGUUAUUUAUACUUACAAUUAAAAUUUAUGCGAUGCGCAAAGUCGACCACAAUUCAUAAUUUAGCUUGGAUGUGGUAAUCCGUAAUCGAUUUUGCGCAUUAUUAACAUAAGUUUAAUUAUUUAGUAUGUACUAUCUACCCAUAUUUCUGAAAUAAAAUAUUAUGUAAGAAUAUAUUA